AUGGACUCCUCUUUCGCCGGAAAACGAGCCCUGGUCACGGGGGCGGGAAAAGGAAUCGGCAGGGCGACGGCGCUGGCUCUGGCUCGCCAUGGGGCUAAGGUCGUGGCGGUCACACGAACUCAGGCUGACCUGGAUAGCCUUGUGCAGGAGUGCGCGUCCAUCACCCCCGUGUGCGUGGACCUGGCAGACUGGCCUGCAACGGAGGCGGCGCUGCAGGGCGUGGGACCCAUCGACCUGCUGGUGAACAAUGCCGCCUGUGCCACACUGCAGCCGUUCCUUGAGGUCACAGCUGAGCAGUUUGAGCGAUCCUUUGACGUGAACGUGAAAGCUGUGCUGCAUGUGUCACAGAUCGUGGCUCGUGGGAUGAAGGCUCGAGGAUCAGGAGGCUCCAUCGUCAACCUGUCCAGCCAGGCGUCCCAGUGCGCCCUCCGGGACCACGCGGUCUACUGUGCCACCAAAGGGGCUCUUGACAUGCUGACCAAGGUGAUGGCACUGGAACUGGGACCUCACCAGAUCCGGGUGAACAGUGUGAACCCCACUGUGGUGAUGACGGACAUGGGGCGUCUGGGCUGGAGCGACCCGCAGAAAGCCGCGACCAUGUUGUGCCGCAUCCCGCUGGGCCGCUUCGCAGAGGUGGACGACGUGGUGGACAGCAUUCUGUUCCUGCUCAGCGACAGCAGCAGGAUGACCAACGGAGUCACCCUGCCGGUGGACGGGGGCUUCCUGGCCUGCUGAGUCUCCCCAGCGUGAAAAUAAAGUCAGCUUCUGCACAACC